AUGCUUAUUACUCGGUUUGUGUUUCUCUGGUCUCUUUUUUGCCCAGCUGUGUUUUUAUCAUGCACCAACUUUCAGGAACCAAAGAGGACACGAGAAAUCAUCCAGAAACUCUGCAGCCUGGGGGAAAUGCGACCGGUGAGGUGCAAAAGUGAGGCUGAAAACAUGAUGUUCCGAAGUGAAAAACUCCCGAAAGAGGAGGAGAGCAGGCUGCUGGUGUUGGAAAUGUCGUUUAGGAAAGUUUCUGAUCUUCUGAUGAAGAACACGUCCACAGAGUGGAAGUCCAGUGAGCUGCAGCAGUUGAAGAAUUUACUGGGAUUCCAGAGACAAUUCUACACAACAUGUCUUCCGGUUGCCAGCUCUUCUCAUGCUGAAGUAGAAAACUGGAGGUCUUUCUGGAGCAGUGUGGCUGAUUUUCUGUCCGAAAAGAGUUUCAGCUCGUGCGCAUGGGAAAGCGCGCGCACUGUCAUUCUUCAGGUCAUGCGCAGUUUCUACAGAACUACUACAAAAUCACCAAGACCUAUCAGAAGCUGUUAAAAUCUAUCUAUCUAUCUAUCUAUCUAUCUAUCUAUCUAUCUAUCUAUCUAUCUAUCUAUCUAUCUAUCUAUCUAUC